UUGCAGAUCCCGCCUUCCCUUCUCAAAGGGGCACUGGGGUUAGGAGAGCCCCGCUCCCCGAGGUACCGCUGCCAGCCGCCCAUGGCUGUUCUUUCGGCCGGCGAUGCUCGCUCUUAGCCCCGAUGGGGAAAGGCUGCGUCCCUCUCCUAAAAUGAAACGAGCGGCAUCUCCGAGCGGGCGGCGGGAGCCGCUGUUACGCCUUCUGGAGUUGAGCAUGGAGGGAGGUGAAGCAGCCACCUGAACGCGGAAAAAACCCAAACAAACCGAACAAAGCCCAACAACAAGUAGUUCUCGCCUGGCGGGGAGGCAGGGAGAGCGGCCGGGAAGCGCCGUCCACAGCCAGCCAUCACCGGAGCCCGACCGAGGAGGGGAUCCGCGUUUUCUCCUCCGGCCAAGGCAGCAACUCGUCCGCCGCGGACCUGCCGGCGACCCCAUCCCCGCCGCCGCCUCCCGCGCCUUCCCCAGUCAUGUCCGACCCGGAGCGAUGGGGAAGCUCGAGGACAACGAGAGGGUGAUCCUCAACGUGGGGGGCACGCGGCACGAGACCUACCGCAGCACCCUGAAGACCCUGCCGGGGACCCGCCUGGCCCUGCUCGCCUGCGAGUCCCAGAGCGAGUCCCCGGGCGGCGAAGACCCGCCGCCACCGCCGCCCUCCAACCCCAACCCGCCGGCGCCGGCCGGCGGCUGCCCGGAGCCCGGCACCGGCUGCAGCCCCCGGGGCAGCGGCGGCGCCAGCGAAUUCUUCUUCGACCGGCACCCGGGGGUCUUCGCCUAUGUGCUUAACUACUACCGCACCGGCAAGCUGCACUGCCCCGCCGACGUCUGCGGGCCGCUUUUCGAGGAGGAGCUGGCCUUCUGGGGCAUCGACGAGACCGACGUGGAGCCCUGCUGCUGGAUGACCUACCGCCAGCACCGAGACGCCGAGGAGGCUCUUGACAUCUUCGAGGCGCCUGACCUGCUAACGGGAGAGCCGCCCGGUGACGGUGACGACGACGACCUGGCCGCCAAGAGGCUGGGCAUCGAGGACGUGGGGGCCGCCGGAGAGGGGAAGGGAGGGCGCUGGCGGCGGCUGCAGCCCCGCGUCUGGGCACUCUUCGAGGACCCCUACUCCUCGCGGGCUGCCAGGUUCAUCGCCUUUGCCUCUUUAUUCUUCAUCUUAGUUUCAAUCACAACCUUUUGCCUGGAAACACAUGAGGCUUUCAAUACUAUUAUAAACAAAACUGAGCUGGUCACCAAUGGGACAGAAACUGUGCUACAGUAUGAAAUCGAGACAGAUCCUGCCCUGACGUAUGUGGAAGGAGUCUGUGUGGUAUGGUUUACAUUUGAAUUUUUAGUACGUGUUAUUUUUUCCCCAAACAAACUUGAAUUCAUCAAAAACCUCCUGAAUAUCAUUGACUUUGUGGCCAUCCUGCCCUUCUACCUAGAAGUAGGCCUGAGUGGGCUCUCCUCGAAAGCUGCUAAGGACGUGCUUGGUUUCCUCAGGGUGGUGAGGUUCGUGAGGAUCCUUCGAAUCUUCAAGCUCACCCGGCACUUUGUGGGGCUCAGGGUGCUGGGGCACACACUGCGAGCCAGCACCAAUGAAUUUUUGCUGCUGAUAAUAUUCCUGGCGCUUGGUGUUUUGAUAUUUGCCACCAUGAUCUACUACGCAGAGCGAGUGGGAGCCCAGCCUAAUGACCCAUCAGCGAGUGAGCACACACAGUUCAAGAAUAUCCCUAUCGGCUUCUGGUGGGCUGUGGUCACCAUGACCACACUGGGAUACGGGGAUAUGUAUCCACGGACUUGGUCAGGCAUGCUGGUGGGAGCCCUGUGUGCUCUGGCAGGGGUGCUCACCAUAGCCAUGCCGGUGCCUGUGAUAGUUAACAAUUUUGGGAUGUACUACUCCCUGGCCAUGGCAAAGCAGAAACUGCCAAGGAAGCGGAAGAAGCACAUCCCUCCUGCUCCUCAAGCCAGCUCACCCACCUUCUGCAAGACAGACUUGAACAUGGCCUGCAAUAGCACACAGGGUGACAUCUGCCUGGGCAAGGACAACCAGCUGAUGGAGCACAACAGAUCAUCAGUGUUAUCAGGUGAAGACAGUGCAGGAAGUGAGCAACCACUCUCACCUGGUGAAAGGCUCCCUCCCAUCAGACGCUCUAGUACAAGAGACAAAAACAGAAGAGGGGGAACAUGUUUCCUACUGACAACAGGUGAUUACACGUGUGCUACUGAUGGAGGGAUCAGGAAAGAUAACUGCAAAGAGGUUGUCAUUACUGGUUACACGCAAGCAGAAGCCAGAUCUCUUUCUUAAUGGCUUGGGGAAGGCACAAAACAUGCAAGAAAGUGUUGUACAGAAUUUAUCAUGGAUUUUUGACUGCUGAAAAAGGGACAAUGGAAUUUAGCCAUACCAAGAACUGUACUGGAAAGAGACUGCUGCUGCUGAAUGGGCCCAGAUAAACAGCUCGCGCCUUGAGGAGAUCACUGAGACUUACAUGAGAAGUAGAGCUUGUUAAAGAAGAUUAAAGACUGCUUGUAAUUACUGCUGCCAGAGGAAGGGGGGACUAGUCACUGUUGAUGAGUCAGCUGUAAAUAAAACGUGUGUGCAUGGAAUAUCAGUUUUUAUCUAUAUCAAGGAAAGCUGAAUUCAAGUCAUCAUUGCUAAGGCUCCAUGCAAAGUCCCACACCGCUGUUCCCACUUCCUGGUUCCUGCAGUAAGCUGUGCUGUGGAUCGUACAAAGACACACACUUAGUGAUGUAAAGUACAUCUGUCUUGACUUCUGUCAUAAUAAUGGUAUAUUUUGCAGUGGUCACAAAUAUGAGCAGAAUAGGUUUGCAUAAGUCCUCAGUUUGCCAUGACCUAUAUUUGUAUGACUUCUAGUGUACAUGCCAAGUCUUAAGUUUACUUUUCACUUUGAUAACAGAAAUGUGACUGCAGACAAACAUCACUGACUUUGUUCACAGCACACAGUCUUUCAUUGUUACCUCAAACUAUAAGUAUUAUGAGAAAUAAAAGUCUGGCAGCAAGUCUAUUUUGGGUUUUUUUAUUUUUUUUUCCUUUGAAAUUCAGUGUUGCAAACCCAACAUCAAUAAGUAUAAAAGGUGUAUUAAAAUGAUAUCUUACAAAUGUAUAUUUUACAUACAAGAGAUAUUCUUUGAUCAGUUAUUUUCUGUGAUUUUUGUGAUAAAUGGAUUUAGUCUAUUCUAUGUUUAUUAUGAGGCAUUGUAGUGCUAUGAUGUGGUAAUUAUGUUCUCUCCACCCUAUUCAGUGGGAAAUUCUCCAGAAUCUGUUUUUGUCACCCUGGUGUCCCGAUUGUAGGGACCUGUCCCAGUUGUGAAACUCUGUAUUGUGGAACUUCUGUGAACAUGUCAAGGUGCAUGCACAAUCCUGGUGGAAACCAGUGGAAAUGUAAUAACCUGAAUUGGAGAAUAAAAGGCAAAAGACCUGGGGAGGAACUUGGAACAUA